UAUUUCUAAGCUGCAUCAUUUUAGAGCAUCAAGCUCCGAUAAGAUAUGCUCAACACGUUCUGGCGGCUUCAUGCCGGUGUGUACCGCUUCUCUCGCGUUGGUGCAGGAGCCGGGCCCACUGUGACGCUGGUGGGCGGUGUGCACGGCAACGAGCGCAUUGGUGUGGAGGUUCUGGAUGCGUUGCGGCUCGCUCUCCUGCGAGCUGCACCAUUGUCUACUGCAAAUAAUCUCUUCCCACGCAUUACGCGUGGCUCGGUGACACUGGUAUACGGUAACCCACGGGCACAACGUAUUGGUAAGAGAGGUAGCGAGCCGCAUGCUGACUUGAACCGCUGCUUCCCGCGGGAUCUAUUGGAAAUUCCCGAGCAGGAACUUGAUUCGAGCUACGAACAACGUCGAGCGAAGGAGUUGGCGCCACUGUUUGCGGCUAGCGACUUGUUGGUGGAUUUACACUCAACAAAUAAGCCGUCACCGCCUUUUAUCAGACUGUCAGGCUAUGAUAAAGUGCCGGCUCAACUGAUGAGGAUUUCGGGACGUCUACCGACAAAAAUGCUCUUACUAGACCCGAAACACCUCAUUGGCGAUGGAAACGUGGCGUUGACGGACGAGUUUGUUGGUGUACAUGGAGGCAUGGGCAUUUGCUACGAGAGCGGGCUGGCGAGUGAUUUGUCCCAGACAAAGAUUGAUAGCAUCACGCGUAGUAUACUGCAGAUCCUUCACCACGAUAUGGAGGCGAUCGAGUUUGUAGACGCGGACGGACAGAUCCGUAGCAGCGAAAACGUGAGACUGGAUGAAGUACAAGAAUCUGUCCAAUUGUCGGCACGUGAUGCAUAUGAGAUCACGGAGGUUUUUAAGCUGACGAGUAAUGGUUUUCGCUGGGCUGAUGGCGUUGGGGACGAGAACUUCCAAUGUAUUCCCGCAGGAAAGCCGAUCGGGUUUAUUGAAAGGGAGCCAUUCACUGUCAACUACGACUCGCACGUUGUUUUCCCCAAAAUUCAAUCUCUCUGGAAGAUAGAUGCACCACUGGGUUGGCUUACUCGCCGCAUUUCAGCUUAGGCUUUCUGCAAACACUAUCAGUACUACGGAAUGAAUGGCCACGUAGAUUGAAAUGGCACCGCUUAUAGGCGUCGUGUGAAUUGCCGAUUUUGAACUUCAUUUUCAAGAAAAAUGAAUAGAUUUUUUUUGCUUGGUAUGACAG